AUGGGGGCAUUGACCAAUGAGAACAAUGACACGAAAAAUCCAGCUCGGUCAGCUCGGGAACCGGUGACAUCAGAGAUACGCGACGGUGAGUGUUGCGGGGACUGUAGAGUUCUGGAGAAAACACUUCUCAAGGCGUCACCACAAGCAUGGCGACGCACCGCGACACCUCGAAUAUCACAUCCUCGGAUCCACCGUUAA